CCGGGUACUUACAAAGACUCACCGAGAACUACAUCCAAGAUGGCACCGGUGGCUGCUCCCGGCUCAGCCACCAUCUUGGUAGUUCCCGAGGCCGGCGGGAGCGGCACCGGCGCGCGGCCCCGGCUUCCUCAGCGCGCCUGCGCGGCCGCACAGCCUCCCCCGCCCCUCUCGCCGCCGCUGUAGCCGCCGCCGCCGCUGCUGCACUGACGGCGGGUUGCCCCGCGCCCCAGAGUUACUGAUUUAUUUUUGAGAAUCCUCUAUUUUCAUCUGUCCUCAUGGAUGAACUUCAGGAUGUUCAACUCACGGAGAUCAAACCACUUCUAAAUGAUAAGAAUGGUACGCGAAACUUCCAGGACUUUGACUGUCAGGAACAUGACAUAGAAACAACUCAUGGCGUGGUCCACGUCACUGUCAGGGGCCUACCGAGAGGAAACAGACCAGUUAUUCUGACAUAUCAUGACAUUGGCCUCAACCAUAAAUCCUGUUUCAAUGCAUUCUUUAACUUUGAGGAUAUGCAGGAGAUCACUCAGCACUUUGCUGUCUGUCAUGUGGAUGCCCCAGGCCAGCAGGAAGGUGCACCCUCUUUCCCAACAGGGUACCAGUACCCCACGAUGGAUGAGCUAGCUGAAAUGCUGCCUCCUGUUCUUACCCACUUAAGUGUGAAAAGCAUCAUUGGGAUUGGAGUCGGAGCUGGAGCGUACAUCCUCAGCAAAUUCGCGCUCAAUCAUCCAGAACUUGUGGAAGGCCUUGUCCUCAUUAACGUUGACCCCUGCGCCAAAGGCUGGAUUGACUGGGCAGCCUCCAAAAUCUCAGGCCUGACAACCAAUGUUGUGGACAUUAUUUUGGCUCAUCACUUUGGGCAGGAAGAGUUGCAGGCCAACCUGGACCUGAUUCAGACCUACAGACUGCAUAUUGCCCAGGAUAUCAACCAAGAAAACCUCCAGCUCUUCCUGGGUUCUUAUAACGGACGAAGAGACCUGGAGAUUGAAAGACCCAUGCUGGGCCAAAAUGAUAACAAAUCAAAGACCUUAAAGUGUUCUACUUUAUUGGUGGUAGGGGACAAUUCACCCGCAGUUGAGGCUGUGGUUGAAUGCAAUUCUCGCCUGAAUCCUAUAAAUACAACUUUGCUAAAGAUGGCAGACUGUGGUGGACUGCCCCAAGUAGUUCAGCCUGGGAAGCUCACCGAGGCCUUCAAGUACUUUUUGCAGGGAAUGGGCUACAUCCCGUAUGUGCAGCUCAGUCACCUGAGCACCGAGCCAGUCCUCUUGGUUCUUUUUUACAGUACCAUCUGCCAGCAUGACCCGGCUCGCCCGAUCACGAACCCACUCAACCUCGAGUAGUAUCUGCUCUGGAGAAAGUGCCUUUAGUCGAUCUGUCACCAGCAAUCAGUCAGAUGGAACUCAAGAAUCCUCUGAGUCCCCUGAUGUUCUGGACAGACAUCAGACGAUGGAGCUGUCCUGCUAAGCAGAUGCUCCUCCCCCGGACCGUGCAAGUCCACCUUCCCUCAAAUGACCACUCCAUAAUAUAACAUUUCAUCCAGCAAACUGGAUCUCUCUUUAACUCCUGCAUGACCAGUGACUCUUUCUCUCUGGUAUCCUGGAUUUAUCAUUCCCUGCCUGCCCGCCCUCUCUUUUUGUAUGUACCAGGAACCACUUCAUGCCAUUACUGUAACAUUCCAACAUCUUCAGCUGAUCAGAUCUUAUCUUCUCUUGCCAGCUUUUUCCCCGUGCUUUCCCAACUACGUAGCUGAUAAGAUUUCUUUGAUCCUGACGUAUGUGUGUGAGCACGCGUGUCUGUCUGUGUGCAUAUUUCUGUGAUUUUAGACAUGCUUUCUUGUAGAGCUUCUGCAAAAAAACACAAAACAAAACAAAAAAGGGACUUUUUUUGCAUUUUCAAUAGUGUUUUUAGGGGAAAUAUGCAGAUUUCUAGGUUGGGUAGGUCAUUGCAUUCACUUUUGGUUCCAAAUUGGUCAACGUGAUUUACAAAGUGACUUCCGGAGAGACCAGCUCUGAGGAAUGUAGAAGACCGUAAUUCCAUAAUUACUGUUUGGACUGUUAAUUGUGACCAAUAGAAGGGAGCCUGUUACGUAGAGAAGCACGCAGGGUGGCCAGCCACCCACUCCCAUCCAAAUGAAUUCACAUACACCAUUCUGUAAAUAAAAGGGAAGGAGGGGUUGUAUUGUCAGAAGCUCAUGAAUAAUGAGGUUCUAAUGCAACAUGGAGUUGUUUCCAGGGAGUGGGCGUGGCUUAAUUAUUAGACUGUCUCGGCACAGGAAGGUGGAAAACGAAAUGCCAGGCAUUCGGCUGCUGGAACAAAACUGUCUGAUACCACUAGCAGACAUCCACAAGAAAUGCCCUCCAGCUCUGUGGUGGAGAGUGUCUGCAUCCCCCCAACCCUUAAUAAAAGGAGAGGUGCAGCCUGGAAAUUACGUAGGGUGUGAGGAAAUGGCCUUGGGGAGAGGAACAGACAUUACCAGAGUAUCGUAUUUAAUAACUGUAGCCUUGAUUUCAGCAGACUUAAAUGGAAGCUAAGUGAAAUUGAGAUAGAACUCAUUUUUCAGAAAGAUUCUUAAUCCUGUGAAUUCUCUUUUGUAGGAGGGAAGGGGUGAGUCUGAGGGCAGCCCGUCCAGGUGAAACUGUAUUUAGUCUCCUGCUGUUACCGCUGGGCGGAGGGUGAGACCAGCUGCCACAGAGCCAGGGCCCAGCUCUCGAGGCCACUGAGAUUUGAGCACAGGGUGACACGGUUCCAGAUCUGAGGAAGGGGCUUUUCAGUCGUAGUGUUCGCUUUCUGCCGAGAUAGGGAAUACGUCACUCUGCCAGAGUAUGACUUUUUACAGAUUAUUAAAUAAAGCUGUAUAUGUCUCAUUGUUACCUGA